UAAGCUCCGUCCGCCGAUCGAGCCAAAAACAUUUGUGUGGACUGUCCGAGCGCGUAAGAUCAGAAUGAAGCUUCUGUUUGUUCUUCCGCUUCUGGUGGCUGCCGUUUCUGGCCAGGGAUUGUUCGGCGGAGGAGGUGGAUUCGGAGGAGCAUUCGGAGGAGGACUCGGAGGCGGGCUUGGCAACAAUCGCUUCGCUGGAGCUAUUCAAAACGCAGCAGGCACUCUUCAGAAUGCUGCCAGCAACUUUGCCAGUAGUGUGCCCAAGGUGCCACUUCUGUCGAACGUCCAGAACUUUGGUGACUUCCUGGCGCAAUCCGGAAAGACCUACCUCAACGCCGCCGAUCAGGCUCUGCACGAGGGUGCCUUCGCAUCCACCAAGAACUUGGUGGAGGCUGGAAACGCCGCCUUCGCCCAAGGAGUCGCCACCUUCAAGCAGGCCGUGAAUGCCUUCGCCGACUUGACCCACGCCGAGUUCCUGAAGCAGUUGACCGGUCUGAAGAGGGACCCCGCUGCUAAAGCCCGUGCUGCCGCCAGUUUGAAGGAGGUCAGCCUGCCCGAUCAGCCCGUUCCGGAUUCCUUUGACUGGCGCGAGCACGGAGGUGUCACUCCUGUUAAGUUCCAGGGCACUUGUGGAUCCUGCUGGGCCUUCGCCACCACGGGAGCCAUCGAAGGUCACACCUUCCGCAAGACAGGCAGCUUGCCAGUUCUCUCCGAGCAGAAUCUGGUCGAUUGUGGCCCAGUUGAGGACUUUGGCCUGAAUGGCUGCGACGGUGGUUUCCAGGAGGCCGCCUUCUGCUUCAUCGAUGAAGUGCAGAAGGGCGUCUCCCAGGCUGGAGGCUAUCCCUACAUCGACAACAAGGGCACGUGCAGCUACGAUGGCAGCCAGUCGGGAGCCGUCCUUAAGGGAUUCGCCGCCAUUCCGCCCAAGGAUGAGGAGCAAAUGAAGAAGGUGGUGGCCACCUUGGGCCCUUUGGCCUGCUCUCUGAAUGGCCUGGAGACGUUGAAGAACUACGCCGGCGGCAUCUACAACGACGAUGAGUGCAACAAGGACGAGCCGAACCACUCUGUUCUGGUCGUGGGUUACGGAUCGGAGAACGGACAGGAUUACUGGAUCAUCAAGAAUUCGUGGGACGACACCUGGGGCGAGAAGGGAUAUUUCCGCCUGCCGCGCGGAAAGAACUACUGUUUCAUCGCCGACGAGUGCUCCUAUCCUGUGGUUUAAGAUUAAUGUCAGAGAAAUGUUACUAAUAUGACAGCAACUUUCGUGGAGAUGUUGCUAAUGUUAUUAAGUAAAAUUUAAUAAAAUCUUUUCUGUUAAUAAAUUAAGCGGUUCACGGACUCGAGCAGCAAAAAACAAACAA